AAAAUCAUCCACCUUAGAUCCCAAUUCCAACCCUUCGUUAACCCAAGAACAUUCCAGAACCACUUCACCUUCCCCAACAACAGCCAGAACUCUCUCGUCUCCUCUUCUUCCUUCGCCUAUUAAUCUCCCCUUUUUCCAGAUUUCUUUUCACUCUCCCAAAACCCUUUCUUUUUCUCUCUCCUCCCAAAUUAUCUUUCUCUCUCUUCAAUGGCAGACGAAGCUAAAGCAAAGGGUAACGCCGCCUUCUCUUCCGGCAACUAUGCCGACGCAAUUAAACACUUUUCCGACGCUAUUUCUCUCGCCCCCAUAAAUCAUGUCCUCUACUCUAAUCGAUCCGCCGCCCACGCUUCCCUCGGAAACUUUUCCGACGCUUUAACCGACGCCCAGAAAACCGUCGACCUAAAACCUGAUUGGCCUAAGGGUUACAGUCGUUUGGGUGCUGCGUAUAUAGGUCUGCAUAAUUUUUCCGACGCUAUUUCUGCUUACAAAAAGGGUCUUGAAUUCGACCCAAAUAACGAAGCCCUUAAAUCUGGGCUUUCCGACGCUCAAUCCGCGGCUUCUCGCGGUGCCCGGCCCAGUAGCUCCUCUGCUUCUCCUUUUGGGGAUGCUUUUUCUGGGCCGGAGAUGUGGGCCAAGCUAACUGCGGAUCCGGGUACUCGUGGGUAUUUGCAGCAGCCUGAUUUUGUGAAGAUGAUGCAGGAAAUCCAGAAGAAUCCGAAUAACUUGAAUAUGUACUUGAAGGAUCAAAGGGUUAUGCAAGCUCUUGGGGUUUUGUUGAAUAUUAAGAUGAUGAGUGGUAAUGGGCCUGAGGAUAUGGAGGUUCAGCCCGAGGAGCCCGCUGUUGAGAGAGAAUUUAAGAUGCCUGAGACUAAACCUGAGCCAAAGCCGGAGCCGAAACCGGAACCCGAACCCGAGCCGAUGGUGGAGGAGGAUGAAGAAGAGAGGGAGAAGAAGGAGAAUAAGGGGUUGGCUCAGAAGGAGAAAGAAGCUGGGAAUGCAGCUUAUAAGAAGAAGGAAUUUGAGAAAGCAAUUGAACAUUAUAGUAAGGCUAUUGAAUUGGAUGAUGAGGAUAUAUCUUUCUUGACUAAUAGGGCUGCUGUUUAUCUUGAGAUGGGCAAGUAUGAUGAGUGUAUCAAGGACUGUGACCAAGCUGUUGAAAGAGGUAGGGAGCUUCGAUCAGACUACAAAAUGGUUGCCAGGGCCUUGACCAGGAAAGGAACUGCUUUGGCGAAAAUUGCAAAGACUUCAAAGGACUAUGACCUUGCUAUUGAAGCUUUCCACAAAGCUUUGACAGAGCACCGUAAUCCUGACACUCUGAAGAAGCUGAAUGAUGCUGAAAAAGCAAAGAAAGAUUUGGAGCAGCAAGAGUAUUUUGAUCCUAAUAUAGCUGAUGAAGAACGUGAAAAAGGUAAUGAGUACUUCAAGGAGCAGAAAUAUCCCGAAGCUGUGAAGCAUUACACAGAAGCUAUCAAGAGGAACCCUAAAGAUGCGAAAGCUUACAGCAACCGAGCUGCAAGUUACACUAAAUUGGGGGCAAUGCCAGAAGCAUUGAAAGAUGCAGAAAAGUGCAUCGAGCUUGAUCCUUCCUUUGUUAAGGGGUACACUAGAAAGGGAGCUGUUCAGUUCUUCAUGAAGGAAUAUGAGAAGGCAUUAGAAACUUACCAGGAAGGAUUAAAACUCAAGCCAAACAACCAGGAAUUGUUGGAUGGCGUGAGAAGAUGUGUACAACAAAUUAAUAAAGCAAGCCGUGGGGAUUUGACUCCUGAAGAACUCAAAGAGAGACAGGCUAAGGGAAUGCAGGACCCAGAAAUCCAGAACAUCCUCACUGAUCCUGUUAUGAGACAGGUUUUGAUAGACUUCCAGGAGAAUCCCAAGGCAGCACAAGAUCAUAUGAAGAAUCCAAUGGUGAUGAGUAAGAUCCAAAAGUUGGUCAGUGCUGGAAUUGUUCAAGUUAGAUGAUAGCUAUGUAAUAAGUUGAUCCUAUUUUAGAAACAGUGAUAAGUUGAUCUAUUCUUAGUAACAGUGACACAACUUUGGCAUUUGAUGUUUUUGGCACUACCCCAACUAUGUAAUAUUCUGGAUUGGUGGAUCAAUCUAGUUUAAUUCUUGUUGAAAUUUUGAACUUUUUUUUAUGGAAGUAUUUGUGUUUAUCGUCUUUGAUUAUUGA